AUGAAUUUCUUUGAGAACAUAACUUUACGACGACGACGACGAUCAAUAUCUGGGACAGAAAGCUAUAAUGAAUGCAGUUCUCGGAACACAACAAUAGAGGGCGCAACAAUCAGUGCACCUAACAUAUCGGUCGACGAAGAUGAUGAAAUUGACGAUCUUAAACGUCAAAUUAGUGAACUUCAAUCACAAUUACAAGCAGCUCACGAAGAGAUAAAUAAUCUAUCUAUAGAAAAUACAGAUUUAAAAAAUACCCUAGAGGAAAUAAAUAAAAAACAUUCUUUAGUUAAAAAAGCUACAAAAAUUCUGUCAACUGAGAUCUGUACUCCGAUCAAAAAGAGAAACUCAAGACGGUCAACACCUUGCAAGAAAUCAAAGCCUCAUACGAGUACACAGUGCUAUAAAGAGGAUAACUCAGCGCUCGAAACCUCGAUACCUAGAAUACCUCUGACAGGGCAUAGAAGUGAGAAAGUAAAAGAAAUAGGCCUAGGGAUCCUGGCUAACGAGAUAACGUAA